UCUCCGGCCCUGCCCACCUCCCCGCAGGCUCUCUCAGCAGUCACCCUGGCCCUUCUCUGUUUGGACGGUGUCUUCUUAUCCUCGGCUGAGAAUGACUUUGUCCACCGGGUCCAGGAGGAGCUGGACCGCUUCCUGCUGCAGAAGCAGCUGUCAAAGGUUCUGCUUUUCCCCCCACUGUCCAGUCGCCUUCGGUACCUGAUCCAUAGAACAGCGGAAGAGUUUGAUCUCUUGAGCAGUUUCUCUGUUGGUGAGGGCUGGAGGAGGAGGACGGUCAUCUGCCACCUGGACGUCAGAGUACCAACUUCAGAUGGCCCUUCUGACCCCUGCCGCCUUCCUGCCACCCACCCCGGCAAACACCAUGGUCCUCGGCCCACCUCCAUCCAUGGAGUGGGUGCACGGGCCGGCCGAUGGCAUCGUGGACGCAAGCCAGACCAGCCUUUGUAUGUGCCCCGGGUGCUGCGCAGGCAAGAUGACGGGGCAGUGACCUCCACCCCAGGGCUCAAAGGAGAGGCCCCCGCGGGCGGAGUCUCGGAAGAGUCCAGAGAUGCUGGUGCUGGGGACCCCGACGCUGAUGAAGGACUCCCCAUGUUGAUGACUCAGGAAACAGAGGACGUGAAGGGUCCAGACCAAAGUUUGGAGAAUGAAACACAGCUGGAGCCAGCUGACACUGAGCCCCCAGAGCCUGAGAGUCCCUUAAGGAAGUCCUGUAGGGUGGAGCGAGCCACACAGCUAGGGUCCAGUGUGCAGCCAACCCCGGAAGAGGAGGAGGAGGAGGAGGAUGCAAGUCAGCUGGAGCAGAGACUGGUGGACCAAGAAAAGGAGGACGAGGAAGAACAGGGCAGCUGCUCUGAGGAUGAUUACAGUGAGCUGCUGCAGGAGAUCACAGCUAACCUGACGGAGAAGGAGAUUCAGGUAGAGAAGGCCCAGCUGGAUGCAUCCUGUUUCAUGGAGGAGCUGCCUGGGGAGAAGGACCUGGCCCACGUGGUGGAGAUCUAUGACUUUGAGCCAGCGCUCAGGACGGAGGACCUGCUGGCAACAUUCUCUGAGUUCCAGGACAAGGGGCUCAAGAUCCAGUGGGUGGAUGACACCCACGCACUCGGCAUCUUCCCCUGCCUGGCCUCAGCUACCGAGGCCCUGACCAAGGAGUUCUCCAUUCUCAAGAUCCGGCCGCUCACCGAGGGAACCAAGCAGUCAAAGCUCAGAGCCCUGCAGAGGCUGAAGCUCCUGCGACUGGUGAAGGAGAGGCCACAGACAGAUGCAGCAGUGGCCCGGAGACUGGUGGCCCAGGCUCUGGGGCUCCAACACAAAAAGAAAGAGCGGCCUUCCGGCUCAAGUAAUCUGCCAUCCUAAGGCCCCAGGCCUGGCCACUCAGACUAAGCCGGGCCUCAACACCUUACACCUUACAGACGUCAGGAACCUUACACCUCUGCAGAGCUUCACCAUGGGGCCCACCGGGUGGGCUUUAGUUUGGUUUAAUCCCAGAGAUUAAGAAAAAAUAAAAACUCGAAGGUUCUAAUUGCUUCAAAAUGUGGUGUGAUGGGACACUAGGGGGCGCUGUCACAUCUCUUGUGUGCCUGUGGCUGCCUGGAGACCUGAUCACCCUGGAACCUUGACCUGGAGGAUCCUGUCAGGGCUCUGAGGCCCUUGUCCACAGUCCACCCUGUUUGAGGGUAGUUGUGCCUGCCUUGUGCUACCUGCCCAGGGUCUGACAUUUCACAUAUGCCCACCUUCCUCUGGGACGGUGUUACCAUCAGUGUAGGUUACAGGAGGGAUCCUCCCAGGUAGAAACACACAAGGCCCAGAGGUGAGAUCUGAAUGCAGGCCGCCUGUGCCUGCCUCUCUGCUGGCUCCCGCAGUGUGUGGCUGCCAAAGCGGCCUCAGUUGGAGCUUUGUGGUCUGGGUGAGCAUGCCAUCUUGGGCCGGCCACCCACCCUGGCUGCUGUUGGGAAGAGUAUAGAGCCCUUGCUCUCUUUGCACACGCUCCCUCCUUAGAGAAGCCCCUAGCCAUCCCCUCCCCUCUGGUCCUGAUACAACUGCUCUAC